GACUCAGCCAUGAGUCUGCAGACAGAACAACCUGAGUUCAUGCUGCAGCUGCUCACACACAUAAACACACACACACACUGGGAGUUCCCUAAUAAACUUUUUGUAACCUCUGAUGUCAUCUCAACACUGUGCUGUGAUUGGUCCUCUGCAGAUACCCCUAAAAAGCAGCGGACCAUGAGGAAACAUCCCACAGCAGCAGACAGCUGGGAAGGACUGAGGGACACACAGCAGGACUCUGUCUGCAGCGUCCAGCACAAGCAGAGAGAUGGUAAUCACUAUUACAGUAACCAAUGAGACCCCUUACACCUGGUACCACUCUUAUGAAAAAGACAAGAGCGGGACAAAAUUGAAGCCACAUGGUACAGCAACAGGAAGAUGGCCUUUAGGAUUUUCGUUGUUAAAAUAUCCAUUCCGAUUGUUUGAUGCUGUUCUGGACAGAGGCGUUUACCUUAGCUAUGGAAACCACUCUGAAUGGGACCUCCACUCUGACAAUCGCAUCGAUGAUUUCACUGUAAGAGAGAGCGAUGAUCGGGAACACUUUGAGCUGGUCAACAGUUCUGAUGAAGUGGUUGACCACUGUCCCAACUACGCAAGAAUCGAAGAAGAGAAACUAGAAAGAGAAGAACGCAAAAGACGGCAACAAGAAGAGAAACGUCAGAGGGAAGAAGAAGAGCAGAGGCGCCAGGCAGAGCUGGAACGAAAAAGAAAGAUCCAAGAGGAGACCAAGAGGAGACAAGAACAGGAACGCCGAGAAUGGGAACGUCGAGAACGUGUACGACGAGAACAAGAAAGGCAAGAACACGAACGACGAGAAUGGGAACGACAAGAACGUGAACGACGACAAUGGGAACGACAAGAACAGGUACGACUGGAACUUGAAAGGCAAAAACAGGAAAGGCAAGAACGUGAACUACGAGAAUGGGAACAAUGGAAGAAACGGCAAAAAGAACUGCAGAGAAAAAGGCAAGAAGAGGAGAAAAGACGCCUGGCAGAGCUAGAGCAAGCCAGGAGAAUCCAAGAGCAGAUUGACUGGGAGAAUAAAACCUCCAAGAGAAAGAUCAGAAAAGCUCAGGAAAGACUUCAAGAGCAGGAACAAGUCAGAGCUCGAGAACACCAGCAGCAAAAGACUGAAGUUCUGUACCAGUUGCUGGACAAUCAUACAGCUUACAUAGAGAGGGAUGAGUUCAGAGAUGUGCAGCAACGAUUUGAAGAACUUCUGUCAAGCUACCAAAUCAAAGAGAAAGAGAAGUCAAAGAUAAACCUUGAAGACAGAAUGAAGUCUCUCCAAAAUGUGCUGAUAUUAAAUUACCUAGAACAGCACAAUAUCCCCAUCUGGUCACAGUGGGCUUUGGAUCAGGCCACUGGAUACGUGGAUCUGUCCCUGACCGAGCGCUUCAGUGUUCUGGAGGCUGUGGUCAAGGUUACUCUGGAGGGUGAGCCUGAUUUUCAGUCUCAGCACAGAACUGGACAAGACAAAAAAAACAAAUUCUUUCUCAGUUUGGAAGCUCAGCUGCAGAUUUCUAAUCCAACUCUAGCCAGACGGGUUUUAGUAAAUAUUCUUGAAAUUACUUCAAAGUUACCAAAACAAGGCAAGGAGAUCCUCAGUCAAAUACUUUUCAACAACAUCUGGACUCCAAAAGAAAUCAAGCUGUUCAUUGGACGGACGUUGGGCAUGGAUCAGGAAAAAGUCUCAAACAUCCUUCACUGGGUAUGCACCUAUAGGCUAAGCUGCAUACUGGCCGUCACUGCACUGAAUCACAAAGAUCCCAUAGGAUAUAUUCGAGACUGUAUAUCAUGUGAGGAAGACAAAGAUCAUGAGACUCUCCUGAGUGAAAUGCAGGAAAAUAACUAUCCAGAGGAUCUCCUGUCACAACUGGAAGACACUCUUCAGUACAUUGAGGCUGUGUUGCCCAGAUGUAAAGGAGUGGACCUAGAGUCAGACUUGAUUGAAGACUGUAAAAGGUGGAUAGUUUCAAUAGACUUUUCCAAUCCAAACACUGAUAUGCUAAAGAGCAUCCUCAUUGUCAUGUCCAUAGCCGUGAAGACGUGCACAACCUUCAUCACCUCCAGUGGAAAGAGUGUUCAGGGAUACUUUCCCAGACUGACUCAGCUUGCAUCGUUACUGCUACUGCUGCUACAACAGUCCCAGAACAAACGAGGAUGCCUCUUGGAAAUCGGAACCGGUGAGGGAAAGACCUGCAUCUUAGCCAUGUUUGCCACCAUCCAGGCGAUACGAGGUACUGCGGUGGAUGUUGUGACCAGCUCCCCUUUGCUUGCCAUUCGUGAUCAAGAGGAGUGGAAAAAACUCUAUGCAAUGUUUGGUGUGACCUCAUCAACUGUUCCUCCACAACACCAAAUUAAAAGUUCCUUUGAAGACCAUGACAAGCUGCUUGAAGAAGCUUAUUCUAUGCAAGUAGUUUAUGGCACUGUUUGUACUUUUGCUGCAGACAUACUGAGGCAAGAGUUUGAGAAGAAAACAACUCGAGGACAGAGAAAGUUUGACUGUGUUAUUGUGGAUGAAGUGGAUUACAUGACAUUGGACAGUGGAGUCCAGGUGACCUUCUUGUCGCAUCAAGCCAGUGGGCUGAGACACCUGGAACAGGUCCUAGCAAGUAUCUGGGCCUUGAUGUCUACCUGCCGUCCGAUAGAAAUAUUUGAAACAGGCGAGAUCCAAUGGGGAACUAGGAUCCAGUACUGUCACAAGGUUGCCAAGCAAGCUGUGGUUGGCCCACAAUCAGACUUUUCAGAAGCUGACAUACUGUUGCUGGGUGUGAAGCUGGGCCUUUAUUCUCAGGAGGAUCUCAAUCAAGUAAAUGAAGCAGUGAGUCAAACUCAGACAGAGAAAGGCAGCUCUGAAGAUCCCACAUUGAAAGUCAUUGGAACCAUCAUGGCCAAGUUGGGACAUCAGCAGCAGCAUGAGCUGUUCAGGGAACUUGAGACAGCAGUGCUUGAUGGCGUGGUGGUGGACUGUUACUCACUUGUAAACAACAAAGCCAAGCGCUACGGUAAAGACAAUUCUUCUGCAGACCCUGAUGUCAGGAUCCUUCUUCUGCAGAACGGAUGUGCCUGUGAAAUCAUGUCUGAGAAAUCACUCACUGAGUCAACUCUUGAAAAACUGAAAUCCAAAAUUAGAUUUUCUAGUGAGUGCUCAUUAAAGUCGGUGGAUGAAACUCAGGGAUAUAUUGUGAUUCCAUCUUUCUUGAAAGAGUAUGUUGAGAAUCAGUUGCCCAUUUUUGCAGAGAAUGCCUUGAGAGCCAUUCAGAUGGCGCUAGAUAGAGAGUACAUGAUUGAAAAGACACCAGAGGUUGACAGGCCUGGUUUCUGCAGUGACGAUUCUCAUCAUUAUGAUGCCAUAAUUCCUGUGGACUUCCAGGCCAGUGGGGUACUAGAGAAAAACAAGCGCUGGGGUGAAGGCCUGCAACAGUUUUUGGAGAUGAAACACCAACUGGCAAUUUCACAAUUAUCUAACGUCACAAACUACAUGUCAAAUGUCCACUUCUUUAAAAAGUACCUGACAGGCAAAGGGAUUUUUGGAGUCUCUGGGACAUUAGGGGGCAAAGCAGAGAAAGCAUUUCUAAAACGGCAGUACAAAACAGCCAGUUACAUCAUUCCAGCUCACCGUCAUAAAAAGCUUGUAGAACUGCCAGCAGUUCAGGUUUCUGGAGGAAAAACUGAGUGGAUCCAGGUCAUCUGUGAAACUACAUGGAGAGCUGCAGACAGAGGGCAGGUUGUUUUAAUUAUCUGUGAGGAUGUCAAGACUGCCAAGGAGCUGAAGGGUAAAGUACAGGUUCAAAAAAGACACUCUGCCAAGAUCAGCAUGUAUACAAUCAGCGAAAAGCACAACAUUGAAAAGGAGACUUUCAGAAAGGGACACAUCAUCAUAGCUACAAACCUUGGAGGCAGAGGAACAGACAUACAUGUUCACCAAGAAGUCAAUGAGUGCGGAGGCCUCUUUGUGCUUCUCACAUACUUCCCUGGAAGUCACCGUGUAGAGAGACAGGUGUUUGGACGCACCGCCCGCAAAGGAAACCCAGGAAUGGCACAGAUGAUACUCAACCGGGAUCUUCUGGCACAAGCAUACCAAGGCCACUCAGUGGAAACCAUGAGACAACUCAGAGAGGAGUACGAAGUCAGACGUUUGGAUGGUAUGGAGAAAAAUGAGCUGCUUCAAAUUGAAAUCAAGGAAAAUCUGUUCGCCACAUUUUGUGAGUUUCUCUGUGACUUUGACAAGCACUACACAGAAGAGGAGAGGAGGGAUAUCAAAAAGCUGAUGUCAAAAGAUCUUCCUGAGUGUUUUAAGAGCCAUCGUCAAAAGUUUGAUUAUGAGACUGCAAUCAAUGCUUUGAAAGAAUCAUGGGCCUUGUGGCUCAUCCUCCAUGAAGAGCACUUCAGCAGGCACAAUGAUAUCCUCCUUCUGAAAGAAAACCUUAUGAAGGGGUUGAAGAACACUGCCGAUCAAAUCUUAAAGGGGAGGAGGAACAAUUUCUACGACUACAUUAAACUGGCAAAAAGCAGAACUGACAUACACCGCAGCAACAAAAAGGAAAGCGACUUUGGAGCAUUGCUGUACUGGCAGAGUGCUGUGCAGUGCGAUCCUUUCUACUGUGCUGUGGCACUUUAUAACCAGGCGUACAUCACAGUCAACCUGCAAAGGAGUGGCUACAAAGAGGAAGCAAAGCAAUUGUUGGAAAAAGCAAAGACUGCUGUGGAUGUGUACCUGUCAGAGUCAACAAACACCAUGAUGUUUUGUAAUUUGGCCAUGACUAAUGACUUCUUACCCCACCACAAAGACAGCAAUCUGCAGAACCAAAUGAAAGCCAGAAUGAGUGUCUUCAAAUGUUGGAAAGGAUACAUUGAGAAUGCCCUGAAAGCCCUCCAACACAUUGAGAACAGCAAAGGAGAGGCUAUCUUAGAAGACUCCAGUGUUUACAGUCUUUCCAAAGACAAAGACCCCAUCACCAUGAAUGAAAUAAUGGUACUUCAUGAGUUUGGUCUCUGCAUCGUGUUUGAUGUUAAAAAGAAACCAGAGUUUUCCAUCGACGCCUUUGCUUGUUUUUGUCUUGGAGUUGUCCAAGUGGCGGCAGGUGUUCUCGUUUGUGCUCUGUCCUAUGGAAGCGCCAGCCAGUUUGGGCUUGGACUCAUCAGUGAAGGAGUUUCUGACAUGAUUCACGGCAUAAAGGGGAUGAUACAAGGAAGCUUUGACUGGGCUGAGUGGGCAAUCUCCAAAGCCAUCAGCAUUGGGGUGUCUCUGGUCUUUGGUGGACUGAGCAAACUCAAGGGAGCUGUAAGGGCUGUACGAAGUGGUGCCAAAGGUCUGGUUGCUGGGGCUAAAUGUAGCUCCAUCCUCACAGUGAAAGAGUGCUGUAAACAUGCAGGGAAAUUUGCUGUUCAGGAACUGGCAAAGCAGGGAUGUGUCGCUGCGCUAAGUUACACUGUCAGCAAUGCACUUCCAGCUGUUUUUAAAAGGAUUCUGAAUGAGGCCUUCAGGGACAAAGUCUUUUCAAUGAUAAAAGCUAAUAGCCGUCUGGAGUCUGCUCUCACAAACUUCAUUUGUUCAGCAGUACCAAAGACGGCCAUGGAGCAGAACUUCACCAACUUCACAAUAGACAUGAGUUGUGAGAAUGAAAUCCGUCUAUCAGUGGACAUGAUGACGCGAGACAUAAUCCCUGACCUGAUGAUGGACUGCACCCAGGUUGGUAAAGUUCUUGAUACCCUGUCAGAGGUCUGUGGUUCUGUGGCACGGCACAUGGAGAAACAGAAAGAGAUUAAAGUGCUGAUGAAGCUUUUGGAGUCGGCUCAGUAUAUCAAACUCUGUGUAGAAAUCUUGAAUUCAUUUCCUACAGAAGAUGUCAUUCAUAAAGCCUUUGUGCCUGGGUUGUUGAAAAGCCUGGAUCAGCUGCCGCAGGAAAAGUAUGACAAGGAUGGAAGACACUCAUUAGCUGAUGUGAAAAGGCUUAAAAAAGACCUUCUCCACAUUAUAGCUUCAAGUGUUUUAGAGUCAUUUGUUGAAGCUUGCUCAAGACACAUGACCUCCAUCAUCACCAGAACCUGCAUGACUCAAAUAAACAGCGCUGCUAGCAGUGCUGUUGGGAACCUACUGGGCAGGGCUAAUACUCAAGGUUUCUUUGACAACCAGCUGUAUAAACACCAAAUGAAGGAGGCCAUCCGCAGACCGUGUGAAUCUCUUUCAGAGGAGAGCAAACAGGACCUUCAUUGUUACAUAGAGGAGGUUUGUGAUGUUGACCGUCCUGCUUCAGCUUUGGACAUCCAUGUCCUUACUCAAAGUGACGCUCUUCAAGGAAAAGGCAUCAGAGUUAUAGUUGUGGACAAAGAUAAGAAAAAGCUUUCUGAGGAUUACUUUCCAGGAAAGGACAGUUCUGCAGGAGAUAUUGUCCUCCAACUGAGCAAAGACCCAGAAGCACAAAAACAGACAUUCGCAGAACGGCUUGCUGGUGAAACGAGGCCCUACAGCGGACAUUUCGACAUUGUGAAGCCAGAUGGCGCUGUGAUUCCAGUGAACUCUGCAGAUAUGAACUGCUUCUAUCAUGCUGUGGUCCAGGCCACCAGCUGCAGUACUGCUGACCACAAACAGAGGGCAGUGCAGCUUCGAAGUGAAGUGAAGCAUCUGAUGCUUCAGGACACAGCCAAGUACGCAGCAGCUGUGAACCUGCAGAGAGGAUAUGAAGAAACCCACAGAUACCUGGAUAAAUACAUCAUCAGUGGAGGAGGCAGGAAGACGCAGCAGGCCAGCAGAAAAGACUACAAUGACAAACGAAACACAACAGACAUGCACGAUUUACAGGAGCAUGAGGCCGAUCUGAUAAAAACCUACGACCUGGGUUUGGUUGGAAGGUUUGAUGACAUCAAGGGCCUGCGGAGGACGAACAGACCCAAUGCUGAUAACAACAACCAGAGCUGUCCUGUGAAUGCAGACCACAUCCCACCUAUCAACACCUUCCAGAAAGCUCAUGAGAUGCUGCAGAAACCCGAGAACGAAGCCCUGAGGAACAGGCUGGAAACAAGCCAGCCUAAGCUUUACGCCAUGAUUGAUAAAACCGGAAAGCGUGGGCUCUGCAGAGAGGUUCUCACCAAACAUCACAAGCAGGCACUGACCACCGGAAACAGCAAGGGCUCCCACAGAAUCAGGGAAAAGCUAGCUGAAGUUCUGAUUUCUGGUGAUGCUCAUAAAGCGAUGAAGAUGUCCUUAAUAGCGGCCAAUCCAGAGAUGUCGGAGUCUCUUCGGAGAGAUGCAGGAAUUUAUCAGCAAAACAAAAGACCUGAUGUCAUGUCCACCAAAGCAACCAGGACAUAUCAUGGCAUUGGAGACAGACUGCUGUUGGAUAAAUACUGUGAGAUGGGAGUCAUCAAUCAGAGCUCUAAGGAUGAUCUUCAUCAGUGGACAAAGUCGCAGCUUUACUCCAGGAAUUCAGCAGAAUAUCAUGAACUGCUGGAAGUGCUGAAGCCGUCUGCGAAACACCAGAAAGACCUUUAAAUGUACAUUUAUUUAAAUAUUAACACUUUUCAUCCUGAUUUCUUUUAAUGAACCAUUUUCUGUUGCUCCACUCAUUCAGAUGAGACUGGAAGCAGGAGUUUGGUUGAACUGGUAAUGAUUCCAUGCAACCAGAACUCUGAGACAGAGGAAGGUCUGGAGCAAAGGACAGCAUGACAACAUGAAUCAAAUGUUUGCUUAGGAAAUAACUUAAUAUUUAAAUCACAAGAGGAACAUUUGUAUUUAAAUGUGAAUGACCACCCUGCUGCUGGAUCGACCUGCAGACUUCUGAAGUCUCCUGAUUCUGGUUCUGGAUGCAGGACCAGAACCAAACAUGGAGAAGCAGCAUUCAGCUUCUAUCCUGCACAGAUCUGAGAUAAACUUCCAGAAAACUGAGAAACAGCUGAAACACCGAGUUCCUUUGAAUCCCUAAAGGCAGCUGGUUAGAGGUGAUUUUAACUGGAACAUCGACCAACAUCCUGAUGUGGAACGGCAACACUUAGUGAAAUUUAAGUGUCAUUACAUUUGUGUUUUAGGGCUGUUGUAAACGAAUACUUUAGUAAUCGAGUAAUCUAUUGAUUAUUCUUACGAUUAUAAGUAAUCAGAUAAAAAAAUUUUAAUAAAACAUUGGUAAAUCUAACAUAACAGCAGUAUUACUAUCGCAUAUCAAUAUCAGUCCAAUUUUUCACAUUUGAACAUCCCCAAGAAUAACUUUUCUAUAGUUUAGAAAAUUAAUUUGUAACAAUAAUAGCUCACUUUCUAAGUUAACCUGAAGAAAAGUUAUACAAAAAUCUGAAAUUAUAUUCAGUUUAAUGGAAAAUUUUAUGAUGUGCCCCUCACCCCUUUUGUGCUUUCGAUUGUGUCUGAUGAUGAGAUCAUGUGUCUGCAUGAGCUUAUCAUGAGAUUAGUCAAGCUGCUUUCCUAUAGACUUCUACAGUGCCAUAUAACAGCAGGGGAUGCCUUGAUUCUGGAGACUUGCCCAGGGGACUUAUCUCCCCUCUUUAGUAUGAAAGAACAAACCCCUAUCCUUAACAAUAGACAAAUGGCCAGACCAUCUGGGUUGGAAUCCCUGGUACAUCACAAUCAGGGAUUCACACCUAUUGUCCAAUCAAGUCUCUUUUCUCUGACCAGAACCUAUAAAAGUUAGCCAGAUCCACUGUUAGAGCAGACUUGAUAGACUGCUUGACUCUGUAUUUCUGUUCUCACCUUGCAAGGUUUUAAUAAAUUUCCUAUUUCUUCGUAUCCAGACUCUUAAUUUUUUCCAAGACACAAAGAGGCAGGCUCUUUAUUAUACUCAAAUAGCCUGCCUAAAAAUUCUAUUUCUAUAAAUAAACUAAGCAUACUCCAGCUUUUCGUUUAUGUAUUCAUCUUCAGUGAGUUUAACAGAUGAACUCUCACCUCGCCCAGACAUUUAUAGCUUUGUGUUCAUGUUAGCAAUGGGAUUUGAUACCUGCAUUAGUCACACACAUAAUGAACUCAUCUACCAGCUACGUGCCACCACGAUGCGCUCCGCCAUCCAUUUGUUGCGACCAGGAUGAUGUGAAAUUUAUUUUUCGGUUAGUCAGUAAACCAAAGUACAGCCGCCCACAGAGUUCGGUCUAUCCGCUCACCUGUAUAAAUAAUCCCGCCGUGUUCUUCUCCACCAUUAGCUCUGAACCGGCCACCAAGCAGCAGCUCCGGGAGGAGAAAAUGCCGUACUCCAAGCAUCGCUUCCGUCAUUUUAAGGAUGUUUAUUGGUCCCCCGAAAAACUACAAAAACCCGGACAUUAUCAUGAAUCAGUAAAAUCCCCAUGGUCCGAACUUGAAAACUGGACGUUAUGCUGCUAGCACUUAACUUUCGUCAACAACUCAAGCGGAAGUGAGAGCGCUGUGCAACACAAAUAAUGAUCCGGGGGGAACACGAUGCAUUAAAUCAGGGGUCCCCAAGCUGCGGCCCGCCUUCUCAUUUGGUCCGGUCCCCUGAACAAUACCAGAGAGCAUUCGGUGUUUUUUUUUCAUAUAUAUGUGGAUUUUUCUUCAACCACCAGGGG